GGCGCGUGUAACCUUGUGCUACCCGGCUGUAGUGUUGUCAUAUCAGCUGUGAAAACGGUGUUAAAAUCAUUUUUGAUGCUAUAUUUAACCGUCAGCGUUAUUUUAGAGUCAUGAGCAGAUAUAUUUUACCGGUUUCUGUUUUUGGGACAGUGUUUGGAGCUGCAGUUUUACUGAAGAACCAUGUGACUGGAGGCCGGUGUCCCAGUAAGGCUACCAUUAAUGGGAAGACUGUGGUUAUAACAGGAGCCAACACAGGCAUCGGGAAGGAGACUGCUCAAGAACUGGCCAAGAGAGGGGGUCGGAUCAUUAUGGGAUGUCGUGACAUGGAGAAGUGCGAGGCAGCUGCGAAAGAGAUUCGAGGGAAGACACUGAAUCCUAACGUUUACGCGUGUCACCUCGACCUGGCUUCUGUGAAAUCCAUCCGAGAGUUUGCAGAGAGAAUCAGACAAGAGGAGAGGCAAGUGGACGUACUGAUAAAUAAUGCAGGAGUCAUGAGAUGUCCAGCAGGGAAGACAGAGGAUGGCUUCGACAUGCAGUUUGGAGUUAACCACUUAGGCCACUUCUUGUUGACAAAUCUUCUGCUUGAUAAGUUGAAAGAGUCCGCCCCCAGCAGAGUGAUCAACCUGGCCUCACUCGCCCACAUCGUUGGAAAGAUUGACUUCGAGGACCUGAACUGGGAGAAGAAGAAGUUUGAUACCAAGCAGGCGUAUUGUCAGAGCAAGCUUGCCAAUGUUCUGUUCACCAGAGAGCUCGCCAAGCGAUUACAAGGCACAGGAGUCACGGUGAAUGCUGUGCACCCAGGCGUUGUUGCCACGGAGCUCGGGAGGCACACGGGUCUGCACCAAUCGCAGUUCUCGAGCUCUGUGCUCAGUCCCUUUUUCUCCCUGUUGGUUAAGAGCCCAGAGCUGGGGGCCCAGCCCAGCGUCUACCUGGCAGUGUCCGAGGAGAUGGAGGGGGUGACGGGAAGGUACUAUGAUGUGAUGACAGAGAAGGAACCGGCGCCCCAGGCCCUGGAUGAGGAGGCAGCUCGCAGGCUGUGGGAGGUCAGCAGCAGGCUGGUGGGUCUGGAGGAGGAAGGACAGUCUGGCAACACAAACCCACCAACAGAGGUCCAGAGCAAAGCUGCAGAGACUGUCCCAGCACAGAGACAAGGACAGAGCCCAGGACCAGCUGUCAGUGCUGUGGGGCUGUAGGGCCGCUCUGGCCUCUGGGCCAGCAGGGAAUAAUGGACCUUUAUGGCUUUAGCUGUGCCAGGCUUGUUGGAACAAUUAACCGUCUGAGGCUGUGAGUCUGGUCGUCUGUGUAAAGGCAGGCUUUUGUUCAUGCCUUUAUGUUCCUUCAUCAGGAUAUUUUCUGUAAAACAUGUCAACCUUUGACGGCGGACUCUGACUCGUUUUUUUAAGUAAGACGGGAGCAUUUUAAAGGAAGUAUAGCACUUAAAGUUGAAUUUAGAAACAAACACUCUCUUACUCACUUUAAUACACUCAGGGGUUUACGACCUAACUCUGAGCGGGGUGCGGUGACAUCAGAUAAGCUUCGUCAUCAUUCAGGGAUGAUUCAGCAUUGACAUUCAGUGACGUUUUAGCAGAGGUGUGGACUCGAGUCACCUGACUUGGACUUGAGUCACUACUUACUACUUCAUAUACAUGAAUUGUAAAAGAUAUGUCUGUUAAAUAGUAGAUUUUUUGUUUUUAUUCAUUUAUUUAUUUUUUAGGUAUAUCCUGAGACCAGAGGCUUGGAGGUGGGUUUAAAGGAAACACUUAGACAUUUGCUCUUUGGUAACAUGGAUGCAGAAGAUCCGGGAUUUUUUUUUUUCAGAAGUCAAACUGUUUCUGGCUUCAUGUACCACUGAGCAGCUGUCAUAGGAAUGAAAAAAGGCCCACCCUUCAACGCUGUAUCCAGCUCCUUUAAACAUCUCUUGGUUUAUAUAUGUGAUAGAUACCAAGUAAAAUCGAAACAACUGCCUGAAAAUCCAUGACGAUAAGUAGCUGGCAGCCUCCAACCAUUACACAUUGUAAUUUUAAACAGUGCUGAAGAGAACACUGCUUUACGCUAACGCUAAUGUUAACGUUAGCAGCAAUAGAUAUUGCUGCGUGACUGAAUUAGUGAGUGAACAAGGUUUAGCAUCACAUAUUCUCACUUUAAAUUAUUUAUAUUAAUUCAGAAACAUUAUAUGAACUGCUAAAAUACAGUGCUUACAAGGACAAAAAACUAUUUAGAUGUAUACAGUAUAUGGGGUUGAAACUGAAGGAGCUCAGAGAAACAUCUCACCUGAAAAUAAUAGAUAAUAAAUAGUAAGGAUGACGACCCAAAAAGCCACUGAAAUUAAAAAUAUCAGCCAUAAAACAUGAAUAUUUGAACUUUAAUUAACCUGGAAAUCAAAAUCUUACCAUUCUUUGUGGUUUUUAUGCUUGCUCGAACAUUUCACCCCUAAAAUCUGAUCACACAGACGCACAGACAGUGUUUCACAUGCUUAAUAAUUUCAAGCAUGUCUUAGUAAUUUGAAGCAUGAGGGAGGCAUUCUUACUUACUGUAACUGUAGGACCACAUUGACAGCACUGCAUGUGUUUUUAUCAUUGUGGGUUCAAGUAAAACACUGACAGAUAGCGCCAUCUGGCUGCGAGCAUCAAAACAGACUGUUGGAGUUUCCUGCUGACCAUUUAUCCAGGUGUGCAGUUGUGUUUCAGAUGUUUUAAUGAUUUCUUCAUCUUGGAGUCUUUAAUUUGGACUGUUUGAAUCUGGAGUCAGCUUGCAGACUCUUGGAAUUGCCUGACUUUUAUCCGUCACAGAAACAUUAUCUGCCUUUUUUAAAAAUCAAAUUUGUGUUAAUGUUGCAUGGUGAUUCAGUUUGCAUUAGACUGCAAUGCACUGCAAAUCAGACAGACAAUGUAAAUUCAUUUUCUUGAUAAACUGUAAUGAUUUGCAUCCUAGAUUAUACAAGAACAAUGAAAGCCAAUAGUAAGAAAGUAGAAAAACACAUUCAACACAUAAAACUGCUUUGAAUAAAAACCAAACGCUGGAUCCACCCUGUUAAAACUAUCUGUGGUAUAAAAUUUACGAGCAUCCAUUACCAUUUAUUGUAAUUCUGCGCUGUUAUAAGUGCACUUUUGCUCCUGUUCUUGUUUAUUCCUGCCUCCAGCAAAACAAAUCAAAUUACAAAAGCACUCAUCUUACAUUUCUGAUCGUCUCAGAUCUCUCAGUGCACAGAAGAAUAUCCAUCCCAAAAGUAUUUGAGGGAUCAAUUGCAUAGGGCUUUUUCCAACAGUAAAUCCCAAAGUACAGAUCAAUAAGGGCCACUCUCGGCACUAAUGCACAGCGAUCAGCAUCGGCCCUGAAACUGAAAACCCUGGAUCGUUUAUUUCAGUGUUGGUUUACCAGUGGAGACCCUCGCUGGUGCCAUCCUAGAGGAUGAUGCUUAUUGUAAAUGAGCAACAGAAUCACUGGGUUCUCCUCCGCUCUUCAGAUUACCACUAUACAGUCCCCAGAGCGUGAUGCUGUCUGAUAGUUUGUCUUUCUGGCGUGAAUCAAAUAAGGCCUGACCUCUAAAGUUUAAUGCUCCCAGUAUUUUCUGAAUUUUGACCCUGUUUUAUUUGUAUAGUACUAAGAUACUAACCAUAUCAGAUAUUUCUUUGAAGAGGUUAUCUUUGUAAAUUAGACUUUGGUACGUGUCAAGUGUUGUGAUAUUUUCUAUGUUAAUAUUUAGCCAAUCAUUCACAUACUGCUAAAACUGAAAUGUUACUGACAUGAAUAAAAAAGAUCAAUUCAAUAGAUUCAAUAGUUCAGGCCCUGCAAGACAAAAACAACAGAGGUCAGCCUCAAAACCAAUUUGCCACUUUUUUUUUCAUUUCUGCUGCUGGAUAAUAUCUACUAAUGAUUUUAAACUGUACUAUUUUGGCCUUUGGAGAAAUUGGCCAUUACUUUAUCUUAUUAUUUUAUUUUUUAUAUUUAUUGAGAUUACAGAGCUGCCAGGACUUGUAUGCUGGCGUAGUGUCCAGUGUUUGUACACUGUAAUAUGUCAGUAGUAUUUAAUUUAUAUAAUAAGGUUGCGGACAUGGGGUAAAAAUGUAUGUGAUAUUUUUUUAGCAAUCACAUAGUGUUUUAACCAAUUAAAUAUCAUGUUAGCACGGAAUUUCAGACGCAGCCUGAGAUAUGUGGGCUCUUGAACACACCUUGACCCGACUUCAUUACCCAUAACGCUUCGCGAAAGGAAGGUGAAAGAGUAGUGUCAAAGUACAAAUAGUUCGCACUGGCAAGAAACACCUAAUGGGUGAGGAAUAAAAGUGACCCGUCAGUUAGUAACGUGCUUCGUGUCGAGGUUGUGUUUCAUCGAAGAGGAGGUAGCGGUUCGUUCAGCGCUGCAAAACUAGCUUGUUUCCUCAGAA